UAGCAUUACACUGCUGUACACAUUAGAGCAACAUCUCAGAGCAGGAAUACUACAGGCACAGGGGGUGAGCUCCUGACCCCACAGACACUCUCACUCCGGCUACCUUAUAGGGAUAUAAUAAGGAAGUCACACCAUCCCCACGUGAAGCUGUCAGCAGGCACCAGGAGCACACGCCGAGAAUGUCAGCCAGUUUACAUUGCAGCCAGCUUCGCGCAGAUGGGCACGGGGAGGUGUGGGAUGACACAGAUGUUAAGUUCAGUCAGUACGGCUGGAGAUGUACAACUAAUGAAGAUUCCUACUCCAACAAGACCCUCAUGGGCAACUGGAACGAGGAGUGGUUUGAUGUCAGUAAGCUGAAAGAGAGGAAGCCUCUGCCCUCACAGUUUGCUCACUAUUACCAAACUAGCUAUUCCACUGAAUAUUGCAAGAAUGGUAAAUUCCCAAUGAGACGAGAUUUUCAAAAAGAACCUCACAGUUUCCCAGGACAUCAACCUGAGCUAGAUCCUGCUCAUUGCAAACCUGUUCAGCGGUCCUGCUACAUGAUGGAUUACACGACUCGCCAGCCCGCUACCCAUAAUCCCUUGCAGGCAACUGAAAGAAAAGGCCUAUGUCACCCCUAAACAUUAAAAACCAAGGUCUGAAAUAAA